CUAUGGCUUCUGCAUUCUGCCUUAUGGCUCCUGUAAUUUUACGUUCUUCCACCUUUAAGAACGUUAAUCGACGCUAAAAACUUGCGUUUUUUUAAUACUUUCGAUUUGUAAAAACAUGGAGAAUUUAACAAAAUCUACCGAAGAUACUAAAGAUGAAGAUAACGUCGAAAGAAUUACAUGGAAAGAUUUAGGACUCGUGGAUACUCUCUGCAAAACAUGUGUAGAUUUAAAAUGGAAAGAACCCACCAAAAUUCAACAGGAAGCUAUUCCUUUGACGCUUCAAGGCAAGGAUGUGAUUGGACUAGCAGAAACUGGAUCUGGUAAAACUGCUGCUUUUGCAUUACCUAUACUACAAGCUUUAUUAGAGAAUCCUCAGAGAUAUUUUGCACUGAUACUAACUCCAACGAGGGAAUUAGCAUUCCAAAUCUCAGAACAAUUUGAAGCAUUAGGUUCCAAUAUAGGUGUGAAAACUGUAGUGCUGGUAGGUGGUAUGGACAUGCAUGCACAAGGAAUGAUACUGGAAAAGAAACCUCACAUCAUCAUCGCUACACCUGGUAGAUUAGUUGAUCACUUGGAGAACACAAAGGGGUUUAAUCUGCGACAGUUAAAGUUUCUGGUGAUGGACGAGGCGGAUCGCAUCUUGAACAUGGAUUUUGAAGUGGAGGUCGAUAAAAUUCUUCGAGUGAUACCGCGGGAAAGAAGGACGUUGUUAUUUUCGGCAACCAUGACUAAGAAGGUGCAGAAAUUGCAACGCGCGUCCCUACGGAAUCCCGUGAAGGUCGAAGUGUCUACCAAGUAUCAAACUGUGGAAAAACUGCAACAAUAUUACAUAUUUAUUCCAGUGAAAUUUAAGGACGUGUACCUUGUACAUAUCUUGAAUGAAUUGGCAGGCAACAGUUUCAUGAUAUUUUGCGGAACCUGCAAUAAUACAGUGAGAACUGCUCUGCUGUUACGAAACCUGGGAUUCAUGGCGGUUCCAUUGCACGGGCAAAUGUCGCAGAACAAGAGAAUCGCCGCUCUUACGAAAUUUAAAGCGAAAAACAGAUCUAUAUUAAUCUCAACGGAUGUUGCUAGCAGAGGUCUUGAUAUUCCACAUGUAGAUAUUGUCAUCAAUUUUGACAUCCCUACGCACAGUAAAGAUUACAUACACAGAGUAGGUAGAACUGCGCGUGCAGGUCGAUCAGGCCGUUCUAUCACAUUUGUUACGCAAUACGACGUGGAACUGUAUCAACGAAUAGAACAGUUAAUAUCAAAACAAUUGCCGUUGUAUCCUACAGAGGAAGAAGAAGUAAUGUUGCUGCAGGAGAGAGUGAGUGAGGCGCAACGAUUAGUAAAAAUGGAUAUGAAAAAUAUUGAAGAGAACAAAAAAUCGGGUAAACGGAAACGUGGUGGCGACAAUGAGGAUGAUGACACGGAACAAUCUAUUGGAGUAAGAAAAAGAGUGAAAGUAAAGACCAAAAGAAAGUAAUAAUUAUAAUAAUGAUUCAUUCAUUAAUCGAUUUUCUUAAUAUUAUAAUUGUGGCAAAUCAAUAUAAAUCUUUAUCUAACUUAUUCUAAUUUAAUUUAUCUCCAUGGCAUAUCGAUAAAUAAGAAUAAAUUGAAUUAAUUCUAACUUUAAUUUAAAUACUUUAAUUUAAUAAAAAUAUAAUUAAAUUGAUUAAUUUGAUUUAAAUAGCAAAUAUAAAUUAAAAUUCGAUAUGGGAACAUUUAUCAUGCAGUACAAAUAAAAAUUUCUUUCUCAUGUGACUCAUUUGUUUCUUCGCGGUACCCAUAUUACGUCACAACUAUUUUGACUAUUUAGUUCAAGAUUUUUGAAAACAAAUUAUGGAUGGUGUUAAUGACACUAGUAAAAAUACUCCCAUAAGAAUUGAAUUCAGAAACGUCCUGUUCUCUCUCUGAUAAAGUUUAUACAAAUAUUGAUUAAUAUUUUGAAAAGCCCAUCAAAGAUUUGUCACUGAUCCGCCAGGACAUAACACCCUUCUAUCCCUUUUCAUUUUUCAUCUCUUUUGUAAUGUUUCCUACCCCUUAUCCUGUUCUCAGAGAUAGAUUCUCCUAGAGAUAAAGAUAGAACCCCCUUUCCAAAAUAUUUAAUAUUUCCAUAAAACAAAGUGAAAAUAGAUUGUAAGAUAUGUUGUUAAUAUUAAUUACGAUUAAUUUUGAUAUAAUAAAAUCAUUUUCUGCGUUCUUCAAAAUUUGCAUUACUAGAUCACUAUUUUAUUUUUGUAAGUCUGUUCUUAUAUUAAUUUAAUAUCCAGCUGAUCUCGCAGCAUUUGCAAAAGGUUUUAUUUCGCAAUAAAGUUUAUAUAUUUUGUGUAAUAAUAUUGUGUGCCAAAUACUUUGAAUCAAAUUAUACGAAUAUGAAUUAUACGACUGCAAUAAAAUAUAGACCGUAAAGAUGCAUCUAUGGUUUAAUAGUUUAAGGAUUAAUUCGAUAAUAUGCAAUUUAAUUAUUCAGAAAUUUAAUUGCCUUUUAUUUUACUAUUUCACCUAUAAAUCAAGAAAUUAUUUUUUUAUAAUUCAUGUUUUUUUAUUGUACAUUAUGUAUCUUCUCAUUGUGGAGCUAAGCUAAUCUUGUCUGUAUCGUUUCAAUGUUAAUAUAUGUACUACUGAAGCAAUUA